AGUAUACAUAUUUAUCAAUGCAUAGCUUCAUCGCUUCAUCGCUAGCGAUAAAAAGACUCCGUACCUAGCUCAGUUUACAUCUAACUGCCUCCAGCGGCAGUGGCUUCGUUGCGCGUUAUUCCAGUUGACGAGAAGAGCAGUACGGGUGUUGCUGAUUAGAUCGUCUUAUUAAGUUGUUAUAUUGAAAAACACAAACAAAGCGUACAAAUGAACGCUUUGGCGUUGAUCGCUUUCGCGGUCUGGGCGCUUUUUAUGCGCUACUUGCCGCACAUCGUAGAAUUUUUACGUAUAAAGAAAUUCGCGUCUACCAUACCGGGACCAAGUAUUGGUGAACUUAUUGAGAAUGCGAAAAAAGGACAAAUUCUGCUGUGGCUCAAUACGCUUUACAAAGAACAUGGUCCUGUUUUUCGCAUAUGGUUCGGUAAGGAUCUCAUGGUUUUCUUUUCCGAUGCUGAGGACGUCAGACAAAUACUAAGUAAUAACAAAUUGUUGAAAAAGUCCAGAAAUUACGAACUCUCCGAAGUAUGGCUGGGCAAGGGACUCUUAACUAGUGCCAACAAAGCCUGGCAACGUCGCCGGAAAUUACUCACACCCGCCUUUCACUUUCGCAUACUGAGCGAAUUCAAGGAGCCCAUGGAGGAUAACUGUCAAAUUCUCAUCAGCAAAUUGCGCGAGAAAGCAAACGGCGAGCAGUUCGAUAUAUAUCCAUAUAUAACGUUAUUCGCUUUGGAUGCUAUUUUGGAGACGGCGAUGGGCUUAAAAAAAAAUGUACAGAUGCAGGGCGAGUCGGAAUAUGUGAAGGCAGUACAGACCAUUUGUCGCGUGUUGCACAAGCGAUCCUUCUCAUUUUGGCAUCGCUUUGAGUUGAUCUAUCGCUUCACCGAUGCGUACAAAGAGCGAUUGGAGGCACUGAAGAUACUGCAUGGCGAAACUAAUCGUAUGAUCAAGUUGCGUCGCCAACUACUGCAUGACAACAACUUACAUAAUGUGGCUGACGCUGAGAAAUCAGAUGACGUCGGCGGUAAGCGUCGUCUUGCCUUUCUCGAUAUGCUGCUGCUAUCGCAACUAGAGGGUAGCGGUCUAACGGACCUCGAAAUACGCGAAGAAGUCGACACUUUUUUGUUCGAGGGUCACGAUACCACGAGCUCUGCCAUGGCCUUCUGUAUUUAUUUGCUCUCCCAGCAUGAGGACAUACAGCAGCGCGCUUACAAGGAGGCCGUAGCUAUGCAGGGCCGUGAAAAAGAAUCCAUGCGUUACUUGGAGGCGGUCAUAAAAGAAACGCUACGGAUUUAUCCUACAGUACCUUUUUACUCACGAAAAACGGAAGAAGACUUACAAAUCGGUAAUUUGACAGUGCCAAAGGGUGCCGCCAUCAGCAUUCUGGCCUAUAUGGUACAUCGUGAUGAAAAGCAUUAUCCAGAACCUAUAAAAUUCAGCCCAGAACGGUUUUUGGCAACCGACAAAGAGUUGCAUCCAUUCGCUUUCGUAGCUUUUAGUGCUGGACCAAGGAAUUGCAUUGGUCAAAAGUUUGCCAUGUUGGAGUUAAAGCUCACGCUAUCGUCUCUUUUGCGGAGUUACGAGUUUUUGCCAGUGAAGGAUUUCAUACCCAAUCCGUUGGCAGAGUUGGUGAUGAAAAGUGGAAAUGGCAUACAGAUACGUAUGCGGCCACGAAAAUAGAACACGGCCACCAUUUUUUAAUGCAUUUAUUGAUCUUUCACCGGCUUGUGUUGUUAAAUAUUACUUGUUUAAAAAGAUGUUCUAAAAAAAUUAUUUUAUUAAUAAUCGUAUGACUUUACAAUUUCCCUCAAUAUAAAAUGCAAACUCCACUUUAUGAACGGGGAUAUCGGACCACUAUAGCAUUUAGUUGCCAUACAAACUGAACGAUCGAAAUCAAGUGCUUGUACGGAAAACUUUUUCAUAACACGAGAAUUUGUCAUGGAUUACUGCAAUACUGCAAUCUCCGAAAAAAUUGUUCAGAUCGGAAUACUAUAGCAUUUAAUUGCCAUACAAACUGACUGAUCAAAAUCAAGGAAUAUUUUGUAUUUGUGAAGGUCAUUAUAGCAUCCGUUCAACCGAAGUUAACAUUUUUUCUUAUUUUAAAUAUUGUAUAUUCGUUACUUGCACUUUAUAAGCUUUACGAACUCUGCGAUAUUGACUGCAAAGCGACUAUGUCUAUACUUUACUUGCCUUUUUAAACUCACAAAAUCAAACUGAAGUUAGUGUGACUAUAUUUAAAGUGGAAGUUAUUGAAGAGUUUUAUUAAAGUCGAGCAACUGCUUCGAAAUUGAGUAGCGUAACAAAAUGAAAUUUUUUUAACAAUUUGUGUGGAUUAAAAUGGAUGUUAUACUGAAAACGAA